AUGGAGUCAUACGAGAACCUGGGACUAGUGGGAGAAGGUACCUAUGGGUCAGUAAUGAAAUGCAGACACAAGGAUACAGGACAAGUGGUUGCCAUCAAAAGAUUUCAGGACCGAGAUGAUGAUAAACUGGUGAAGAAAAUUGCCGUGAGAGAAAUACGAUUUCUUAAGCAAUUUAGGCAUGAGAAUCUAGUGAAUUUGAUCGAGGUCUUUAGGCAGAAGAAGCGCUUAUUUUUGGUGUUUGAGUUUGUCGACCACACUAUACUGGAUGAUUUAGAAAGGUUUCCAAAUGGUCUGGAGAGUAAAAGGCUCAGAAAAUGCCUCAUUCAGGUGCUGCGAGCUACAGAAUAUCUUCACAAGAACAAUAUCAUUCACCGGGAUAUCAAACCUGAGAAUGUGCUGAUCUCGGGAUCGGGUGUUAUCAAGCUGUGCGAUUUUGGCUUUGCUCGUACAUUGGCUGCACCAGGAGAGAUCUACACGGAGUAUGUGGCUACUCGUUGGUACAGAGCUCCCGAGUUAGUAGUUGGAGAUACCAAUUAUGGAAAACCUGUAGACAUUUGGGCAUUUGGCUGCAUGAGUAUUGAGAUGGCAACUGGGAGCCCUUAUCUGCCUGGAAACUCUGACUUAGACCAGAUCCACAAAAUAGUGUUGCAAGUCGGAAAUUUGACAGCACAUCUUAAGAGUCUUUUUAGCAGGAAUCCUACAUUUGCUGGAGUAUGUUUACCAGAUAUCCAACGAUGUGAAACACCAGGAAGGAAACUGUUAAAAUGUAACCCACUAUUGACACCUCUGGUGAAGAAAUGUUUACAGAUUGACCCCGACAAGAGAAUGUCCUGUCCGGAGCUGCUGAAACAUGAAUAUUUCACGGGUGAUGGAUUUGCAGAGAAAUUUAUCCCGGAGAUUCAAGCCCAAGUUCUUAAAGACUUGAAAGAUAAUCCACUCUUAGUCAGAAAACGUAAAACCAUCAGCAAAGAAAUCACAGAAUAUGAAAAAGAACUGUAUCAGUUGAACAGAAAACAAAGUGGCAAAAAAUAUGUAAAGGAAACGGCAAGGGACAGACUACUUAAAAGCAGAAAAAUCAAGCCAGUUGGCUCAAAAAUAGAGAUAACAAAAGGAGAGCAAGUGGAUCACCCAACAGUGUCGAAAUUUACUCCAAAAGCCCGGGAAGCAAUGCAGGGAAACGCCAAUAAAAAUCUUAUUCCUGAUACCAACGAUACCUCGUUGACGCCAAACACCAGGACACAAGAAAAAGGGAAGAAAAAUCUGAGCCCUUGUUGUAGCCAACCGCCAGAAACACCUCUCAGCACAAGUGAGAUUGCUGGACUCAGUGAACCAUCCUCACAGCCGGAGCAAGGCUUGAAUGCAAACAAAAAGAAGCAAAAGAUUAACAAGCAAGGAAAGUUGGAUCUUCAUUUUCCAGAGUUAGCAACAAUCGGUCAACAGCUGGAAUUCAAAGGCUCGGAAGGAAAAUCCAAGAUGUUGAAGAAGGAAUUGAGAAUCCCCUCGUUGGUGACUGCUGACCAGGAUCAAGCUAAGCAUUGUUCACGCCAGGCCACAGGAGAUUCACAUAAGACCAAAUGUUCCACAGGUAGAAUGCACUGCCCAGGAUAAAAGAAUCCAACACAAUAAAGUUCACUGUUUCUGAUAGAAGUAUGUGUUUGACACAUUUCUUUUUUGUUCAUUAGUUUAAAAGUGUUUUAUUUUCAGCACGGGGAGGAGACAUUUGGUUCAGGAUUCUUUUAUCUUAUGAGUUACUGUAAAUUGAAGAUCACAAUUCU